GAGCCGUUACAGUACUUUGUAUACGCACAUAAUCAAAAUGAAUGUAAAAAUUUCAAAAGCAAUCUUAUUUCCAAGUCUGUAUCUGCUUCUGGGCUGUAAUCUGUGCAUGGGUUUGAGUAAAUAUUCCAGUGCUGCGAAUGCGCCUUCCGAGGAUGCUUCGAUAUAUGUUCCAACUUCAGUGCGAGAACUCGACAAACCUUUCCGAAUGGCGAAAUUGAAUCUAUUGUGGUCCAAAGCAAAGCAUCGUCUAACCGAACCCAAGCUGCAAGCACUGUUCAGUGAUUUGAAAAUUCAUGACAAAGAGGAGAUUGCUUUAAAACAUCUUAAAGCUGAGGGCAAAGAUCUUGAAGGGUUGCACGAAGCUACAAUGCGUAAAAAACUAAUUGAAAUUUUCAAAUAUCUUCUGUAUGUAGGCAUUAUGAGCACGUAUGACCUGUUGGAGCAUUUCGAAGACACAGAGGAUGAGAAUAUCUUGAAGAGACACAAGGCUAUGAAUGACGGUAGCAAUUACGUAUCAAAAGAUAUUUUUAAAAACAGAAAGCUCAAUCAGUUAUGGGCAAAAGCUGAAUUUGCUGGUUUUACAGAUGAAGAGCUGGCAGCAUUGAAAGAAGAGUUCCUCCAUCAUCAGGAAAAAGUUGAUGAAUAUAUGAACCUUAUCGCUGAUAUCCAUGCAGGAGAUACUCAGACUCAUGAGAACAGCUUGAACGAUAAGCACGAAAACUGGAAUAUGCUUGAGCAAGAGGAAGAGAGCAAUAAUGUUCUUGGAAAAAAUAAUGAUUAUCUUACGAAAGUAAAUUUGAUGAGAGAGAAACACGUGAAAUUGAAAGAUGGAUAUGAUCAUUUGGAAAGACUUACUGCCCAAGGGCCAAAUCAUAAGGAAUUCAUAGAGCCAAAAGUGCAAGCUCUGUGGAGAAUUGCCCAGGAAGCCAAGUUCAAUCCAGAUGAGUUAACUUCCCUCAAGGAAGAACUUCGACACUAUGAAAGGAGAUUGUUGAAACUACGCCAUUUUCAUACCUCCGAAGCUUUGACUGAUGGUAAGAGAGGAAAAUCAGAAGAUUUUGACAAUUCAACUACUAAAAAAAUCAUGAAAAAACAUGCAAGAGUAGUUGAGAAGUUACACCUUGAUCUUGAGACAAAGAUAAUGCAGAAACAUGUGGAGCUGUAAAUAAUAUUUUCCAAGUUAAAACUGUAAAUAAUAUGAAAAAAUGUACGUAUUGCAUUUGUAGUAUAUAGAUAAUGUUUUUGU